GCUUGAGCCUGACGGCUACGCGCCCUAACCCACGAAGAAGAAGAAGUGUUCGUGUUAUGUUCUGUAUUGUUUCCAACACGAUAUUCUUUAUCGUUCCAUUGUCUUUCUUAUACGCAUUCUGAUAGCGAAUAUUUGGAACUUCAUCUACUUUUGAGAUACCUACCUACGAGAACAUCGAGAGGUCUACCUACGCGGUUCGUCCCGGCAAACCUACGCGGGGAAGUACCAGUGAGACCGACCAAAUCACAGGACCGACGACUUCGAGACAAGACCUACGUCAAGAGAUACCUACCUACGAGAACAUCGAGAGGUCUACCUACGCGGUUCGUCCCGGCAAACCUACGCGGGGAAGUACCAGUGAGACCGACCAAAUCACAGGACCGACGACUUCGAGACAAGACCUACGUCAAGGCUAAGAAGUGGAAGUCAUGAACAGAUCAGUAGAUCCAAAGAAAGUGAACUCUGAGCUGUUCACGCUCACGUACGGGGCGCUGGUAGUGCAGCUGCUGAACGAUUUGGAGAGUGUGGAGGACGUCAACAAGCACUUGGACCGGAUGGGCUACAACAUCGGCGUGCGCCUAGUGGAGGACUUUAUCGCGCGCAGCAGUGCCGACAAGUGCUACGACCUGCGGGAGACGGCCGACAAACUGCAGGCGGCGUUCCGUAUGUACCUGGGCAUCUCUCCGAGUAUCGCCAACUGGGCGCCGGCGGGUGACGAGUUCUCGCUGAUGAUCGACACCAACCCGCUGACGGAGUUUGUCGAACUGCCCGACACGUGCAGCAACAUGAGAUACUCGGCCAUUCUGCCGGGCAUGGUGCGCGGAGCCUGCGAAAUGGUGCACCUGGAGGUAUCCAGCUGGUUCGUGCAGGACCAGCUGCGGGGCGAUCCCGUGACAGAGCUGCGCGUCAAGUUCAUCAAACGGCUCGAGGACUCGGUCCCUCCGGGCGAGGACUAGUGGGAGGACUGGUGAGUGCCCGGGACUGUGAAAGCCCAGCUGCGGGUCGGUGAAAAUAGGGACAGCAGUUCGCUGAGGACAGGGAAAGGGUGAGGAAAAGGACGUCAGGAUAGCCCGGCCUGGCGAGAACAAGUUUUGCAGUCUAUUGCGAAGACGAUCGGUGAUCCAGGACGACUGUUGGAGUGUGGGAAGGUGACUGGAGCGAGGUGUUUCUGGCUAGGAUGACUGGUAUUGUGGGCCGGGCGUGGCCUGGCACGGCGUUCCUGCCUGCUGGAGCUCAGCGUUCCUGGCUGCUGGAGCACGGUGUUCCUGGUCGGAUGGCACACCUUGUGCGGGCAUCAUUAGAUGUUCCGAGAAAGAGAAGGACCGAUGCCCGGUUGGGGCGCUGUCAUGUGAAUUUGACGGCGUUUUGUCACCUCAGUUUGAUGGUUAAUCUAAACGAAUGUGGGCUGCUGUCUGUUGUAUACAGUAUUGGAUAUACUGCCAAUACUAACUAAAUGAAAUAUUAUUCUGCUUGAACACUGGACAGUGUGGCCUGAGGCCUCUACCUAGUGCAAACUGAGCGUGUUUAGAGGCUAAUACGGCUGCGUAUGUUGUCCGUUGUUUGUUACAAAAGACGGACGACAGGUUUGAGUCAUUCCAUUAGCGGUGAUUGGGCUAUGGGUGUGCUGAUGUGCCUGGCGUGGUGAUGGCCAAUGGAAUGUUCCUGACCUUCGGGGCUCAGCCCGCUCGAUUGUCAGUGAUGUGGCCUUUGGCGCCCAGGAAGACCCCCAUUCAUAGGUAACGGUCUUAUUGGCUGUUUGCAGACCUUUGCCCGCAUGGAGCGAGUCUGUGGGAGGGCAGUUACUAGCCUUUGUUUAUUGUAUGCUGGAACUGGCAUGCCGUUUUUUGCACACAUGGCACCGUUAAGUUUGUUUAUUCAGCGUGUAUAGACAGUUAGGUUGUGCAGUUGUGCACUUUAUAUGCAUACCGUAUCUCGCUAUCGGAUGGGUACCUUCAGUUCGUUGUAUUUGUCUGGAAUUGCAACAUCGUUCCGGGGCCUGCAGUGAAACGAGACCUAUUUGAAACUUGCAUUGUUAAUACUAUCUAGCAACCAUCCAUUGUAUCAUGCAAUGGGAUCGGGACAGCUGCUUCUCAAUUCGCCGCCAAUAAAUCUCGAGAAUUUACAGUUUGAUUUUUGUUACGCAGGUAGCUGCACGUUGCGCUGGUUUUCGAAUACACUAUUGAUGAAACUAAA